CCCCUUUUGACAUCACUAACCAGUCAACUACUCUUAUCUCCCUUCCGGAUCUCCUCCGACCGUCAUUUGUUGCCGUCGCGGAAUCGUAACGAGUAACGCCAGAGACUAUAUCUCAAUUCUCAACCGACGCUAAUUAUUAUACUUCUCUUCCCCGUCGAUGGCUUGACGAUUCCCGUCGCGGCAUAGGGCUUCGUAGGGCUUUUUCCCACCGGCGGAGCAGUUUCUCGCCUAUCUUGGUACAAUAGCAACCCUAGAAGCAAGAUAUCAGGUCUUCUUCCGACCAAGUAUCUAGUUGGGAGAGUGAGAUUGCUUAUAAUGGAUAGAGAACUAGAGAAUCAGAAUGAAGAAGAUGGUGAUUUUGUACAAUCCCCCACUAAUUCACAGUCAGCUGAUGAGAACUAUGAGGAAAUUGAUGAUGCUGAGGGAACCUUCCCACCGUCACAGAUGGAUGAACAGGAUGAUGAGGAAUCUGAAUUUCUGAUGGAAAGCUCAACCCAGUUCGAUUCGAGUGAUGGCGAGAAGAUCGAGGAAGGUGAAAAUCUUGUGAAGGAAGCGACUGAACCUCAAACAGACGAAGAAGCUGAAGUUGUUGUGGAAGCAUCGAGUAAAGUAGUAGGUUCUUCCAGAAGGACUUCUAAGUCGUUGCGGGCUAAACGUAACGUUGUGAAGAAAUCUCCUGCUGGCAACUCAUUUAAGAGCAGUCCAGUAGGCACUGCUGAAAUUACCACGGGACCGACCACGGAGCUCAAUUCAGGUGCUGAUCAGAUGAUUGAUGAAGGUGAGAACGUUGUUGCUGGAGUAAAUAAUAAAUUUCAAACAAAUGCGGAGAAGAACGAGGAAACUGAGGAUCUUGUGGAUUCAUCAGAUAAAGCAGAGACCCCCAAAAGGAUUACCAAGCCACUGCAAGCGAGAUCUAAAGUUGCCAAGAAAUCUUAUGCUGCCAACUUGGCGAAGAAAAGCAGUGCAAUAGGCGCUGCUGAAAUUGCCAUGGAGUCCACCUCUGAGUUCAAUUCACCUGAUGACCAGAUGAUUGAUGAAGGUGAGAACCUAGUGGAAGAAACUGUUGAACCUCUAACAGAUGGGCAGAAGAAAGAGGAAGCUGAGGAUUUUGUGGAAGGAUCAGAUAAAGCGGACACAUCUGGAAGAACUUCAAACUCAUCGCGGGCUAGAUGUAAAAUUGUUAAGAAAGCUUCUGCGUCGAAGACAAAAACUGCAGCAGCUACUGCUGCAACAGAUAACAAACAACUGACGGGGAAAAUUAUAAAGAAGAAGGUUGUGCGAGUAGUCAAUAAAGUAAGUGCUCAGUCUGAAAAUGGAGUUGUGAUGGGUUUAAAUGCUGCUGAGAAGAAGGAUCUUAUUGCUGACAUAGAGCGCGGCGAGAAAGACCAAGUGAAAGCCCCAGAGAAUGAACUGAUAAUUGGCGAGUCAAGUAAGAGUCAAGAGGACCAAAAGGAUAAUGGCAAUCAAACAGGUAUUACUAGAAGGAUUCGGAACCGGAAGAAUAAGCGAAAGAUCGAUGGAGGGGCAGCAAGUCAAAAUGUUGAGAAGAAGAAAAGGCUUGAUACAAAUGACGAAGCCCACCAAGAUGACAAUAAGGGGGAAAAUGUGCUUGUGGUUGAGGACAAGCGCCCAAAAGAUGAGAAGAGGAAAGGAAAGAAUAUUGCAAAGGAUAAUAACGGCAACCAAGAUGAGAAGAAAGAGGAAAUCGAUGACAAGAGAAAGAAAAGUGCCCAAGAUAUGAAGGGUGAAAAACUUGGCGGUUUGAUCUUUAUGUGUAGCUCAAAGACCAGACCUGAUGUUUUCAAUUAUGGUGUCAUGGGAGAGACGAUUGGUAAAAAGGAAAUCGUUCGGAGUAUUAAGCCUGGUCUUAAGCUUUUUCUCUAUGAUUUUGAGUGCCGAGUUAUGCAUGGGAUUUAUGUGGCGUCCUCUUCUGGUGGGAUGAAACUAGAGCCCAAGGCAUUCAACGGCUCGUUCCCAGCCCAGGUGCGGUUCAGGAUCUAUAAAGAGUGCCACCCUCUUCCUGAGUCCACCUUUAAGAAGGCUAUCAAGGAAAACUACAAUAAGAAGAACAAAUUCGAUAUAAAGCUUACAGUGCGACAAGUCAGGAAGCUAAUCACACUCUUCCGACCAGCCGCCUUCUCACCUCUGCAGUCAAAGCCACUGCCUGGCCACCCUGCCCAGCCAGCUACUCGGGACAGGGAGCCUCCUCGCUCCGAUAGAAGAGAUCAUUCGAAAAGGGAUGCAUUCACUAAAUCGAGAGACAGGUCCCGCAGGCGAGAUCCAGCAACUAAAUUGAAAGACAACAGGAGUAGGCAGCACCUGCCUGCUCGACGACACGAAACGGAUCUCCAUAUUAGAUCCAGGGAGCUAUUGUCGCCACCCAUUCAGAGAAGGGACCUGCCACCGCCACGAGAACGUGAUUUGUACAUGAGUGAAAGGGAUUAUCGAGCUUACGGCCUUCAAUCGGACCGAAGAAACAUGUCUCCUCCCCCUCGUCGCAAUUUAGAGCGUGACAGGGAACGCGAAAGAGAACGGCUUGUCAGGCAGGUUGAGCUGCCUGUUUAUCGGGAUCCCAUACCAGUUGAACCUCUCUAUUACACUCGUCAUCAGCAAGUGGGUGAGCCUUAUAUCCCUAGUGCUCGAGGUGGCGAAUUGCACUAUGGACCUUCUUCUUCUUCCAUAGCUGCAACUGCAUCUAUUCCAACCUCUGGUUUGGACUCGUAUGCAAGAGAUUCAUACUACCCGGCUGGGUACAGUUAUGGCGCUGGCACUCCGUCUUCUUACCUGCCAAGCCUGAGGAGGGAGGUCGGACCGGGUUACUCUUCUUACCUAGCAGUCGGGAGGGAACCUGACCGAGUUGAUCCGUUGCGCUCGAGUUAUGCAACAAGUUUAGGCAGGUUAUCUCAUUACGAUGAUCCGAGAUACUACUCAGACGCUAGUGCGGAAGCUGCAGCUGCCCCAGGUUUGUCACGAUACUCGUUCGCCGGCCCAUCAUCUUACAGCUAUCGAUGACUGCUGGUAUGGUUUUGAACCGUGUAACCUCUCUUUUCUUCAUUUCCCCGGUGGCUGUUUUGACACUUUUGCAUCUGCAGAAUUUUAUUUAAUAAUUUGUUCUAGCUUUGUGCUCCUUGAUCGUUUAGGUAAUAAAUUGUUGCUCCUUGAUCUUAUAUGCAUUGUUUAUCCAUAGAUUUACUAGCUUUGUGCUCGGGAAAUAGGCCGAUUCAGUUUCGGUAAUUACAUAUGUAUUUUAUCUUAUGUAUAUUACUUUAUUUCCGAUUCAUCUAUGUUGUUUUAAUGAAAUUUCUGAAAAUUUUCCUGCUC